GUGGGUGUUUUCCUCUAAACUUAGGCCAUGAUUUCAAGGGCUCUGGAGCCCUCGGUCCGCUGCUAACCCGGGGUCUGGCCUGUCUUCAGCGUUCCUGGGACAUAACAUGUGUCCCCAAAGGCAGGAGUGGUUUAUACCUCUGGGACUUCUACUGCUGCCUCAUUUGCUCCUGGCAAACAUUCAAGAUGCUUCAGAUCAAAUGACCGUCAUCUCUGGCAGCAACGUGACGCUGAAAAUCUCCAAUGUGACUCAUAACUACAAACAGUUAGCCUGGUUUUACAACGACAACCAGAAGAUUGUAGAACAGGAGUCCAAAGACCCUAAAUACUUCAAGUCUCAGUUUAAGGACAGGGUCCGUCUUGGUGGUGACCACACACUCUUCAUCUAUAAUGUCCAGAAGGAGGACAGCAGCACCUACAUCCUGAAGGUGUUGAAGGAGUCUGGGAAAGAGAUAUCUAGGUACAUCUCACUGAAGGUGUUGGAUCCAGUACCUAAACCUGUCAUAAAGAUUGAGAAGAUACAGGAAGAGAGCAACAGAUGUCAUCUGAAACUGUCAUGUGAGAUCGAAGGCCUGUCUGCAAGCUGGUAUGGGGACUCGAGACCACUUCCAAAGGAGAUCCAUAGUAAUGUGCUUGAAAUCACCGUUAAUCCACAGAAUUACUCCAGGAGUUACACCUGCCAAGUCAGCAAUGCUGUGAGCAGCAAGAAUGACACAGUCUACUUCACUUUACCCUGUACUCUGGCCAGAUCCACUGGAGUAGCCUGGAUUGCAACGUGGCUAGUGGUCAUGGUGCCCAUUGUUCCUGGCCUCCUAUGGCCCUGAGAUAAGCUCUUCUAACUCAGGAGUGAAACUUGAAGAUGGCUGGGUCUUGCCUUCAUCAGCCAGACAGGAGCUCUGGUUAUAUGGGAUGGAAGAAAG